CGGGUUUUUACCCUACCCGUUGUGGGUAAUUUUUGCGGGUACCCUCUGGGUAUGGGUCAAAUUGCCAUCCCUAGUAUCCUUUUGAAAAUUAUGGGCAGACUGCUUACUAUUAUCCUCCUGAACCAAAUCAGAACUCAAAUUUGGAAGAAAUGAUGAGUAAGUUCAUGGAAAUGCAAAUGCAACAGAACCAACAACACCAGCAACUGAUGCAACAGAUGCAAGACCAGCACCUGCAAAAUCUGAAAAACAAUCUUGCACGGAGCAAAAAUAUGGAAAACCAGCUUGUUCAGUUGUCUAGACAGUUGGCCAAUAACAAUAACCAAGAAAGAACAUUUCAAAUCAACACACAAACCACUCCUGAUGAGAAAGAUAAUAAUCCAAUGAAAAAUGAGGAAAGUGGAGAGAGUGUGAAAGGUGUUGAAAACAAUGAGAAAGAAAGAAUGUUCGAAGGAUGUGGUGUAAAGAAAAUAGUGAAAGAAAUAGAUACACUGCAUGAAGUUGAACUUCCUCAAGAAUUGCCAUAUACGGAGGAAGCUAACACUGUCGAUAAGGAACAAGUGAUGAUGGCUGCGGAGGAAAAUGAAGGAUUAUUUAGCAAGGAAGAAUCAUGUGAACAAAAGAAGGAGAUGGAAAACAAGGCAGAGGUUGAUCGAGUCAUAGACGAAAUUUGUGUCUUGUUUAACAAAAAAGAAUUAGGAAGGAUAUGGACUCCGCAACAUUUAUAUCUAAAAUUCAUGGAGUUCCUCCCUAACCGAAGGAAAAAGACGGAUGAUGUACUUUCCGUCUCAUUUUGGCCACCCUAACCAAAAAGGCGUCAAGCUAACGUUAAAAAAGCGCUUGUUGGGAGGCAACCCAAUCUUCUAUCUUUACUAUUUAAUUUUUGCAAUUUAUCAUUUUAGUAUAUUUAGGCAUGUUUUGAAAGAUUUUAUAUAUGAGCCAAAAUUGAACCAUUGCAUCUGAAGGAAAAGUUCUGCAAUUUUUUGCCUGUUUUCAUGACUUCGCUAAGCGACAGUUUCUUGGCUAAGCGAAGAAGACUGAGUUUUGAAACAUCCACACACUCCUUCACGUUAAAACCCUCAACUAUUCUUCCCUCUCACGAAUUUUGAUCUUCUGUCACUCAAAUUCAUCCAAUUUUACUCAUCCCAUCCAAAAAAAAUCAUCUUUUGACUCAUUCAGACUCACAAGGGUUUGCAAAAGAAUUCAUCCAUUUAUUUAAAACCCUAAAUUUCAUCUCAUUCUUCAUCUUUUCACAAGUUUACUAUGCAUAUGCAGCAAGGUGCAACAUGUUAAAUGGCCUACACCUGAGGUUUUUGCUGCAUUUGUUAAAUGGCCUGAGGUCAGUCCACAUGUACCGGAGGAGGCAGCUCAUCAAAAUGAUGUUGAAGUUGGAGUUAAUAAUGAGCAAGAUGAAGCAGAAUAUGGAGCUAAAGCACACCAUAUACAGUGAACUUUUAUUGUUUCAGUCAUUAACAUUCAUGUUUUAUGUUUCAUUGCAAAUGUUGACUGAAAUUUUUGUGAACAUACAUGGUUUAAAUUUUUGUGAUCGCUAAAUGUGCAUAUGAAUUGAAAUGUCUAGGUUUGUGAUUAAUCAAAUUCAAAUGCAUGAUUAGAAUGAAUUUUUCAAAUUGCAUUGCUUGAGGUGAAAUCUUUGUGAUUAUCUUUGAAUGAUAGGAUGAAUUUGAACUAAGUAGCUUUAUUCAAUUUGAUUUCAUUCAUUCCUUCUUAACAUGAUUAAUUGAUUAUGAAUCACGUAGACCUAGCCGGGUGAGAUUGUGUGAACCUUCCAUUGUUUAUAUAUUUGAGAGCCGACAAUUGUGUUUAACUCUGUUGAUUUUAACUGAAUCUUGCUAUUACUCGAUGUUUUUGAUGUCAUGGAUAUGAUCAAGGCCUUGUUUCUUUUUGAGUGAUAACUACUUUGGCCAAAUAUAACCUACCAUGUGACUUGUGUGAUCCUUUGCUACCCCCUUGAGCCAAACUUUUGAAAAUUUGUAUGUUUUGAACCCUUGAACCACAAUAAAGAAAAACAAUGACUUAACCCUUGUCUUAGGAUGAUUGAGCAUUGAAUUUAAGUAGGGUUGAAAACAAGUUGGGGAGAAUGAGGUUAUUUGUUUGUUUG